AUGUCAUUUGAUGGUGGCAGAAUUCUUGAAGAAGCUGGUGCUAGUACGUUCGGUCAAGAUGCAAUAAGCUCUAUAACAGACCAAAUAUUAAUUCCACUCAAACUAAACAAUACCGAUGUUCAAGCUAGCGAAGGGAAUCAAGAAUCGAUUAAGAUCAAUCCAACAAUUGCUGAACAAGACAGACGGCCUGAUCGAGGAACAGACCCUUUCAUGCCUCAUAGCUUAUAUACCUCGAGUCAAUUCUCAGGCACACGCCCACAUAUGGCUUCUAUCCAGCAGUUUAUUCCAUCCAGUGUCCCUAGCCGAAUUAAUGAAGGAGCAACACCAAAAACAGGCUUAAUAAAACGGUAUACCGAUGAACACACACCCAUUCCAUCGCCUGGAAAUGAUAACUUUGAUCAUAAACGAAAAAAUUUAACAAAACCCAUUAUAGAAUGCAAUAAAUGGUUCGAUGCUACAAUCACUGCAGAUGUACCGUUGAAAGUCUUAUCUGUAUGCAGCGAUAGUAAAAUGAUACCAUUAAACUCUCCUGACAUUCGAAUUAUCCCUUGUUCAGUUAAUGCAAAGUUUGAAUUAUUUAUUUCUAUUCAGUUAAAAAAAAAAACAACAGUAUGUAUUCUACGAAUCCAAGCUGAAGAGGAAUCGUCUCUGAUAUGGAUAUGCACAUUUCAAAAAGAUACAAGCGGAAAAAUAUAUCAUGCAAUAGGACCAGAAGAAGUAACUACUUCACAAAUGAACACCACGCCAAGCGCAAACUCGUAUGUCCAUGAUCCUUCGGUGAUUAAUAUUCUUUUGAUCGGACGCUCGCAAGUCGGUAAAUCAACACUGAUCGAGGCCUUGCGUGAUCCUAAUUUUAGUGCAAUGCGGACUGGGAUUUCUCAGACACGCGAACCAUCCUAUAAACAAUUGACAAUAACUUCUGAAGACGGAAAAGACUAUACAUUGAAUAUUAUUGAUACCCCAGGUCUCCAAGAGGUUCGACAGGAUCCAGAUGAGACACGAACCGAUGAACAACUUCUUACACUUUUCCGAAAUGUUUUCUCAAGCGGUAAAAUUCGGGGUCUGAAUGUUAUCGCUUUUGUUAGUGUUAUUGGCAGAACGCAUCAAAAUGAUAUAGAAACGUUCAAAUCAUUGAUUGAUUUCUUUGGUGAACGUUUCAAAGCGAUUUCAACUCUUAUUCUUACCCAUUGUGAUAAAGUAUCGCUCGAUAGACUUCAAAUUUUGAUUAAAGAUAUUGAAGCUCAUCCUAAAUGCUCUGAUAUCGUAAACUAUUGUACUUUGGGAAUCUAUCGUCAUGGCACGCUUGAUAUUGAUGACUUGGAAACAUAUGACGAAGAAAUGCAAGAGCGCAUUAGGAAGUCAACACUAGAACGUCUGGAACCAAUGCGUACCGAACUGACAAAAUUCUUUUUGUCACGAUCGAAUAACUAUGUAAAAAUCACAGAAAGUGACUUUGAGCGAUUCAAAAAGCUGACAAAGCAUAAAAAAGUAUCAAAUGAAAUGAACGUUCAUGGAAGUUCAAGUAACCAACAAUUUGUGAUGAAAGGUAAAUUUCCUUUUGAAAUGAACUGUGUAUUACUUUGA